AGGACAAAGGCUUAAUUCUUGGAAUGUGGAGUCCUGCUGCAUUAGCAACCAUUACUGAAAUACCCAGGAGAGAUGCUGAUUAUUUUGGCAACAUUUCCAAAUCUCUCACCCCUUCAGAUGUUAAAAUUUAUAGCAUUGCGUCUGAUCCUCAGAAAAAGGUGAUUUUUGCUGCAAUAAAAGACUCUAUUUACAAAUUUCAAAACUUUACUAUUUGGCAGAAUGAAUCAAUUUCCCUCUCUUUAGCUUACAAAGGAAAAUCUUCAGCCUUUGGUCAAAUUGCAUUUGACUACACUUCCAACAAUAUAUAUUGGUGCGAUUCUCUUCUCAAAUGGAUCGCAGUGAAACCAGCAUACAGUGACAAUGAUACGAUAUAUAAAGUUUUUGUCUAUAAGGAUUUGUACCAACCGGAGGGAUUGACACUUGAUCCUGAAAAUGGCUUAAUGUUCUUUACGGACAAUGAACCGCAUCCACGUAUUGAAAAGGCAUCAAUGGAUGGGGAGAAUAGAACUACAAUAGUUCACACCGGUUUAAUCCGAGUAUUAGUCCUUUCUAUUGAUGUAGUCAGUGAUUUACUGUAUUGGGCAGACUAUGGCAGGCACACUAUUGAGGUCAGCGACUAUGACGGUCUAAAUAGAAGAGGUGUGCGUCGUAGCAACAACGUUCCUGCAACAGGUUUACACUACUAUCAGAAUAUGCUGCAUGCUUCUAGUGCCGAGGCUAGAUUAAUAUUUGGGGUAGAUACAGCAUCAGGAUCACAACUAUACAACCUACGAUUGUCGGAUCAACCGUAUGCCAUUCACGUUUAUGACGCAAAUACAGCAAGAUCAUACACGGGUUCUUGUUCUUCUCGAGGUUGUCAGCAUAUCUGUGUAAACACUCCAGUAGGAGCUAAAUGUCUCUGUGCUGAGGGUUACCUACUAUCAUCAGACGGUCGGUCCUGCAAAGAUCGUUCCUGGUUUCACGAGAGGGGCUUCAUUGUAAGCAAUGCAACUCAUUUUGCUAUGGUGGAAGUACAGUUUGUUAAUGGAGGACGAGGAUGGAUUCCCUACCUGAUACCUUCUGCCAUUAUAGAGGCAUUUGCUGUGGAUGCAAGCUUGCACCUUAUCUAUUUUUUGGACAGCAGUAGUAAUACAUUGAGAGAAUUAAAUAUCAUUAAUCAUCAAACAGAUCUUAUUUUUGACUGGAUUGCUAAUCUUCUUGCGUGGAUAGAACCUACGCAAUCCACAAUUCGAGCAUUUUCUAUAAAUUCUGGGACGACAUCUGUAAUAUACUCCGGACUUCAACAGCCUACAUCAUUAACAGUGGACGCUCAUAAUGGAGACCUCUACUGGAUAUCGGGAACAUCUAGAAAGGCCAUAAUUAGAGGAAACUGGAAUAGGAAUUCUCCCAAAACCAUUGUGUCCGAGGCAAAUCUCAAUAAUCCGAUUUCUCUUCGAUAUGAUGUCACAAGUCACAGAAUUUACUGGCUGGAUAACUCUAUGAUUAAAAGCUCACUGACAAAUGGAUCUGAUAUUAAAAGUCAUGUCAUCACAUUUGGUGCAACAGAAGCUUUAGCUUAUAAGGACUUUUUUGGUUGGAUAAAUGGAAACAAAACGUAUUUUGCUAGAAGGUCUGCUGUGUCUGCAGAGUACGAAGUAGAUGUAAUACAAAACAUAAAACAUAUUGCCAUAUUUGAUUCUUUGAAGAGUUGUCAAAUACUGAAUGGUGGUUGUGAAGGCAUGUGUUUGCCUUUGCAAAAUGGACGGAAAUGCGAGUGCGAUUUUGGACUACAAGUGAAAGAUUUGAAAUGCGAAAGCAAUUCUUUUUCGAAGAACUUUAUUAUAGUUUUGGAUUAUUCUCAUGGCCGAAUCCUUCAAGUUGAUAUUAACACAGGAAACAUUGUCAAAUUGUCGAUAAGUAUACAAAACUCUCCAGGGAUGACAUUUGAUAAAUCAACAAUGGAACUCUUUUACUCAGAAGUACAAACAAAAACAAUCAUGUCCACAACACUUCUUGGAAAAAACACAUCUUUGAUCUAUACCACAGGUUUUACUUAUGCUGAUCGUUUGACUAUUGACUAUUCAACGGGAAAUAUUUACUUCACUGCAGUAGGUUCUAGCCAGACUCAAAGUUAUAUUGGAGUUAUACAUAGAAAGAGCUUACUUCAAAAAACUUUGUUGACAAACUUGCAGAGUCCAAGAGAAAUUGUUGUAUAUCCAUCGAAAGGGUUUUUAUACUGGACAGCGUUUGGAAAUAUAACUGAAAUAAGUAGGUCAUAUAUGGACGGAACAUCCAAAAUAUAUAUCGCAACAACCAAUCUUGGAUGGCCAAACGGCUUAGCUAUUGACUUUGCCACCAACAAAUUAUUUUGGGUUGAUGGUUUGAAGAACAGCAUAGAAUAUUCAGAUUUAAACGGUCAAAACAGGCAUGUUUUGACAACAGACACUGACGCACAUUUGAUGAGCAUUGUGGUUCAAGGACAAUACCUCUAUUAUACUGCAUGGAAUCGACAACGCAUUACAAAAUUGGAUAAAACAACAGGUGUUCAACUAUCCUUUAUGCCAAAUCACCCGGAGCUUGGUAGACUGGAUAGUCUGGAUAUAUAUGCAGACGAUUCCGUUGACGGUAAGUAA